GUAAUUUUGGAGCUUUGAGAACCGGGACAGAGAAUCUAACCACAAACAGCUGUGAAAAACAAUCCGAGAGUCCAGCAGUCCAGGCUCCAGCGUCAGCAGCAGCGGCACCGGGGUAAACAAAGCCCGUGCGUCCGCGUCCGGAGCCCAAACACUCUUCAUAUUCUCACAUUACGCACAUUACGCACGGUCCAUUUACCUUCACUUUGACUCGCACGACCCCUCGCUCAUCCUCCCCGGCCAUUUUCAGCGCUCCUCCUCCUAAAGCAGCAGCAUUCUGAUCGAUCCCACCGACAAACAAACAGCAGCCAUGGGCCUAACCGGACACCAGAGCCCCGCGGGCAGGACGGACGGAGCCGGGGACGGAACCGGGGACGGAGCCGGGGACGGGGCCGGGGACAGCGGAGCGUGGAGCGCCUGAGCCUGGACACCCGCGGACAGGGGGGGACAGCGCGGGGCAGAGGGAGACAGACGGGUCCCGGAGGUGUCUGGAGGAGGUGGAGGAGACAGCGGAGCGCAUCCCCCGGUUUUCGUGAUUUCCGGUGUUCAGCUGCCCCUACUGGUCAGGGACGGGAUCGUCAAGGAGCAGAUGGCCGCCGAUUUCGCAGACGUAACCGCGGUUCCUCUAGUUUUAUUUACACCUCGGCUCCUGGUGGAGUGCGGCUGCAGAUGGCGGUAGUGGAUCAAACCCGUGCAUCUAAAAAACACCAAAAAAGAGCAGAAGAAAAGCAGCAGAGACGUGCCCACAGCGCCUCUUCCUCCUCCUGAUCAUCUGACCUCCUCCUGGACUUCAGACCUCCUCACAGCAGCAGAAAUGGAGGAGGUGGACAAGAUUCUGAUUCACGCGCUCAAACAAGUGGGCACGGAGGUGCCGGAGGAGGUGGACAGCGUCAGACUGUUCAGCAGUGAGCUGGUGGUGGAGGCUGUGGUGUCGUGUCUGAGGGUGAUUGACCCGGGUGUGGGUCAGGGGCUGCCCGCCUCUCUGCCCCCCGGCAUGUCCGCCCGCUUCAGGGUGGGCAUGAGUCUGGCACAGGCCUGUCAGGACGUCGGGUACAAAGGGGAGCUCGGCUACCAGACGUUCCUCUACAGCAGUGAGCCCGAGAUCCGCUCGCUCCUCAUGUUCCUCGUGGAGAAACUGCCCAGAGGGAGCGCAGAGUCUUCUGACCAGUCCACAGGUAAAUCGGUGCUUCUUCAUAAAGGAAUCGCUGGGGCCAUGAGAGCUGAACUGUCCGUGCCCUGGCUCCCGGUGACCUGCAGACUGCCCCGAGACUCGCCCACACAGGUUCCUGAUGUUCUUCACCACUUCCACACACAGGACCUGAGUCCAGCCCAGAGUCCAGCAGGAACCUCACUCUGUAAAGAGGAGAGGGAGUACCAGCGCGAGCACCUGCCGCCCGUCACCUGUCAGCUUUCCCAUCAUGCCUCGGUUCUGUCGUCGCUCCUGGAGCGGCACACGGCCGAGAGCAGCGCCGCCCACGACUGGAACCACGAGUGGAACAGUCAGGGCCUCCUGUCCAGACUCACGCCUCAGGAGUACCGUCAGAGGAAACGUUGUCGUCUUCGUCUCCGUCUUGAGGAGCAGCUGCGUUCUGCGGCUCAGACGUCCUCAGACUCUGGAUCUCACUCGUCCUCAGACCUUUCAGACCUGCUCCAGACCUUCAGAAGCUCCAACACACAGACACUGACCAAGGGCUCCCACUUCACACACACGCAGAAGUUCACCUUCACACAGGAGGCAGUCGCCCCGUGCCCUUUGCCCCAGACUCUGCCCUCUGAGGGCAACACUCAGCUCCAGCAGCAGGAGGAGCUCUCCUCUCUACAACAGCAGCUCCAGCAGAUGACCUCUGACCUGGAGCAGCUCAGCACUGACCUGAAGCACAAGAGUGUGACCACUGCACAGGUUCUGAACGACAUAAACAAAAGAGAACGUGAAAAUGAAACGAAGCGAGAUCAGAUUCAGGUGAAGAAGAAAACCAUGGACCUGCUGCCCCAGGCCGAGGAGAACCUGCACAAGAUCCAGGCUUUGGUGGAGACGAGUGCGAAGCGCGUUCUGAGUUUGGCCGCUCAGUGGGAAAAACACCGAGCUCCUCUGAUCGAAGAAAACCGCCGCCUGAAGGAAAUCUGCAGAGUCCAGGACAUGGAAUCUUCUGGAAAACUUUCUGAAAUCAGGUCUCUGCACGAUAAAAUCACAGUGUGUACGGAAGAGGCAAAGAAGAAAGAGGAAACGUACAAACAGCUGGUGUCGGAGCUGGAGAGUCUCCCUCAGGACGUGUCGCGCUCGGCGUACACGCAGAGAAUCCUGGAGAUCGUCAGUAACAUCAAGAAACAGAAGGAGGAAAUCUUUAAGAUUUUGUCCGACACCAAAGAGCUUCAAAAGGAAAUAAACAACCUGACGGGGAAACUGGACCGGACUUUUGCUGUGACGGACGAGCUCAUUUUCAAGGAUGCCAAAAAAGACGAAUCUGUCCGAAAGUCUUACAAACACCUGGCUGCCUUACACGAAAACUGCAACCAACUGAUCCAAACCAUUGAGGACACGGGUUCAAUUUUACGGGAGAUUCGAGAUCUGGAGGAGCAGAUUGAGUCAGAACAUGGAAACAAAACCGUGGCAAACCUGGAGAGGAUUCUGGAGGACUACAAGGCCAUUCGACAGGAGAACGCUGCACUCGCCGCUAAAGUUUCUGUUUAGUCCAGUCAUGUGUCCAAGUGCGACUACACAAACCUCCCAUGACUCUUCUGUUGUGUUUUAAUCAGACAAUAAAACAAACUUAACCUGUU